AUGGUUAUACCUGGCAAUACCACAUUGGGCUGCUCCCACUAUGAUUUUAACAUAAUAUUCUAUAGAUUUAGUGCUAGGGACCAUUAUGUCAGUUACACUAACGAGUACUCAUGGCUGGGUUUUGCUGGCACUUACAUUAUACUCAAUGACCUUCGGAGUCGCCUGGACACUCUGGCUGGCUGUGCUCACCGUCACUGUAUUAUUAGGGUCUACGACACGAUGCAAGAGGAUUCCCGCUGCUUUCCAUCCUUCAAGAAGAGCCAACUCUACAUCAAACUCCUCCUCGAACUCGACCUAAUCCAAGAAAACAACACGCCAACUACAACAACAACAACUACUACUACUUUCGCUACUACUACUACUACUACUACUUCUGCUACUACUACUACUACUCUAACCGCUACUACCUCAACUACAACCACGACAGCGUCCACAAAUGCGAUUAGUAAUUGUAGUAGCAGUAGUAGUAGUAGUAGUAGUACCACAAAUGUUUGUAUUAGUGGUAGUGGUAGUAAAGGUAGUAAUGUAUCGCUGAGUGGGGAGAGCAAGGUGAAUGGGCUUGACGCCACUGAUAUCCUGCACAUACAGAAGACGAAGGCUAAUAGUUUGCAGGCAUCGCGGGAAGACUUAAGGUCAUCUCGAGAGAGCAUUUCGUCGAUAGAAGACAUUGCCAUUGGCAGCAGUGGCAGCAAUACCUUUACUAUAUCCGCCAACAUAUUCAAUACUGGUAUAUGUCAGGAGCAUGGAAAAUCCUAUGCCGUCUACUUGAUAUCGGUAGAGAAGAAAACUUCUGAUGGAGCGGUCAGUAAGUGGGACGUUUACAGGCGCUACAACGACUUCUACGACCUUCAUACACUCCUCCAGAGCAAGUUCGAAUCCUUAUCCGGUUUAAUCCUGCCGGCCAAGAAACCAUUCGAUAGCGUUAACAAGGAAUUUCUAGAGAGAAGGAAAGUGGGACUGAACACCUAUCUGCAGACCCUGUUGAACCCGGGCCUACUAAAAAUGUACAAGGGGCUCUUCGACGUAGUCUACCACUUCCUCGAGCACUUGCAUUGGGAGAGGGAGAAAAGUGACUUGGCGCGAAGGGUCGAUUCCUUUGUCAAUCCGUUUCGAAGUUCGGUUCGUAGCGUUGGAAACAUGGUCAGGUCUGUGCCGAACAGCUUGGCCGACGGUGUGGCCAAGGUCCGAAACAUCCCAAACAUGUUGGAUGGCGUCGGGAAGAUUCUCAGUGUCAAGCCCUCAUCCAACCAACCAACCGUCAUCAAGAAGGAUGAUUUAAGUGGAGGAAAAGUUGGGGCUUCGUUAGAUUUUGAAUGCGGUGAAGAUAGCAUCCCCCUCCACAUCAUGUUGCUGCUGUUGGAUGAGAUCUUCGACCUGAAGACGAGGAACCAAUGGCUGAGAAGGAGAAUCGUCGCCAUUCUACAGCAGAUCGCUAAGACAAUGUUUGGAGAUAGUAUCAACAGGAAGAUCAUAGAAAGCGUUGCUUACUACACGUCACCUGAUCAGAUCGCCGAGUACCUCAAGAUGUUUAGGGACUCAUUUUGGCCGGGAGGUAGGUUGAGCGAGGAGGUCGCCCAGAGGGACCACAACACGAAGAUGAGGAUGAGGGUGGUGUGCAAGACCAAACUGUACGCAAGUCUUUCCGACGAACUACGGCAUCUGAUUGGUUCGGAGACGACGCGACACGGCGUCACGCUCGUAUUCAACAUGUUCCAGCAGCGCCAGCUCAACCGACGUCUGGUGUACGUCAUUUUCGAGGGCCUACUGCAGACUAUAUUUCCGGAGAACAAAUUCUACGAAACCUUUCGAAAGCUGCACUCGCAGUCAGCCCGCAUCAAAAACAAGAUGGCCGCCGAGAAGGACAAGAUGACGUCAUCGCUGUCGUCGUCGUCGUCGUUGCUGACGUCGUCUGCGGCCCACUGCUUUUAG